AUGUCGGGCGGGUUUUUCCGGGGCACAACGGCCGAUCAGGAUACUCGGUUCUCGAACAAGAAAGCCAAACUGCUCAAAUCUCAGAAGUUCGCUUCUGAAUUGGAACACCUGGUGGACAUGGCAAAAGUGAAGAUGGAUGUUAUGAAGCCGUGGAUUGCAAAGCGUGUGACUGAGCUUAUUGGAUUUGAAGACGAAGUUCUUAUUAAUUUUAUAUACGGUCUACUGGAGGGAAAGGAAGUUAAUGGGAAGGAGGUUCAAAUUUCACUUACUGGAUUCAUGGAGAGAAAUACUGGGAAGUUUAUGAAAGAGCUUUGGUCUCUACUUCUGAGUGCACAGAAAAAUGUGAGUGGUGUUCCACAGCAGUUUCUGGAUGCUAAAGAGGAGGAAACUAAGAAAAAGAAGGCAGAGACUGAUCGUAUCACAAAUGAAAUUCAAAGGAAGAAAGACAAGGAGAAGCAGGAACUAGAGCUAGAGCUAGAGAAAGAUAAAAUGGAUGGUGAUGGUGACAUCUCAAGAUACAAGAAUGCUGGUCCAGAGCUAAAUUCAAAACAUGAUUCUAGGUCUUCCAGCCCCCAAUCGGCAGAUGAGAAAGCACGUCGUGAGAGAAAUGGCCGGAGAGGACGAAGCAGGGUUUCACAAUCUCCAGAAUCAGCUGACCGCUCCCCAUCUUCAAGUGAAAGACGGAGGUCAAGAAGUUUAUUUAGAUCACCCCCACCAAGAGGGCGGUCCAUUUCCUUGGAGAGGCCACAUCAUUCUUCACCAAGGCAGUCUGGGACACCUAGUAGGAGGCUUUCACCCCACCACUCCCCUCCACCAAGAUCUCGAUCUCCUUUUCAUCGUAGAUCAAGAUCUCCUUUGCGACGUAGAUCACGAUCCCCCAUGUGGCGUAGGUCAAGGACACCGAUACGAAGAUCACCAGUGCAAUACAGGUCCCGAUCGCCUGUUCGACGCAGAUCACCAUCACCUGUGCGACGAAGAACACCAUCUCCUUUGCAACAAAGAUCACCCUCUCCACUGCAUCGUAGAUCACCGUAUCCCCCGCGUCGUAGAUCACCGUAUCCCCCGCGUCGUAGAUCACCAUCUCCUGUAAGAAGGCGGCACCGAAGAUCACCAUCAACUCCGCGGCGUCAGUCCAUAUCCCCAAUUCAACGCAGGUUCCCGGUCCCUCAAAGAAGAUCUAUAACCCCUGUCAAACGAAGGUCUCCUUCAGUGCAAGAAUGUAGUUCCGCCUCACCCAGUUCCCUUUCGCCAGUCAGGAGGCGAUCACUGAAAAGCCAGAAAUCACCUCUACCAUCUCCUAGGGAAGCAAUCAGGCCUCUUGUUUCUUUGAGGUCACCGCAGAGGGAUAUGCUGGAUCGAAAUGAUAAACAUGGAAGAGUGCUAGAUCCGUCUCCUUCUUUGCACAAAUCCCCAUCUGUUUCAGAAGUGUCUGGGGAAAGAAGUCAUAAUGAACAGCGAAGGUCAAGUAGUCCUUACCGAAGAAGGGAAAGAAUUAUUCUUCCUGAGAGUCCAAACCCUUUACCAAAAGGAACAGGGUCUAAUCCUCACCCUGAUAGUUCUGGGACAAGUGCUGAUGACAGGGAGAUUGGAGAGCAUACAUUUAGAUCUUCUGAGAAAAAUUCUCCAUCACGUGAUCGACAUAAAGAUUCGCUUGGCUUUGCUGAUCAUGUGAAGUCAAGAAAGCCUCACCUGACAAACAGUGAAAAGUUACCUGAAAGGGUGGAUUGCAUAGUAAAUCGUGCGCAACAAGAGUCAUUACCGAUUCAUAAAGGCACUGUUUUAAGAGUAGGUGGAAAGGAAUCGCAUGUUGAUGAUACCAAGGGCAGUGAUCGAUAUCCCGAACUAAAAGUCUUGCCUAAGGUUUCUAGGGCAGACGAGCUGAAUGCUCAAAGUGGUUCCAUGGGAUUCGACUCUGAGGAAACUGAUAAACAUAAAACUGAAGUUAAAGAAAAAAAGAGAAAGCACAAGAAGUCGGAGAGAAAAGAGAAGGAAUCGGAUGGUUAUUCUACCUAUGAUUCUUAUGAUGAGAGGAAGGAGGCUAAGAGGAGGAAAAAAGAGGAAAAGAGAUUGAGAAAAGAGGAGAGGCAUCGUUUGCGCGAGGAACGGCACCGCAGAAGGAAGGAAAAGCAUGCAGAGAAGCUAAAAUUGAAGUCGCUUGACACUGCUGAAAUGGAAAAAUGA